UAUCCGUCAACCUUCCGCGGCAGAAUCGCUCCCAUGCCCAAGGAAUUCCCCAAAAUAGGGGGCCCACGCCAGCGGCCCAUCUCCUGCAAGUUCUGCAGAACCCGGAAACUCCGUUGCAGCCGAGAAGCACCGUGUUCCAAUUGCGUGUCGCGUGGCCUACCGUGUGAGCUGGAGCAAGCAACACACAGUGGCUCACCUGCAGAUGAUGAUGAUAAGGCUGAGUUGCUCGAGCGGAUCCGGAAGCUGGAAGCACUCGUGGAACAAAGCACCAGAUUCACAAGUGUGAGUGUGGCGAGCCAUGAUACACCGCCCGCCACAGCUCUUCUACCCAAUGCUUUGGAUGGCCAAGCCUCGGGAAGUUUCGAGGAUGUCGCCAGACAGAGCUGGAAAAAUUCGAUCCCAUCCCCGAGCGAGCAACUGGAUCGUGAUUUCGCGUGGUUGGAGAGUAUCUACGAUGGUACAGAAUGCGCGUCGGAGGCAAUCCCUUCUACGAAAGUUGGAUUCCGAAUAUGUUCGUUCCAGCUUGUGGCAGAGGUAGAGCAGUUCGUCACAGGGUCCUCCUCUUCCGAUCCUUCAAUCUUUUUCUGGUUGCCGGAAUACUCAGAAGCCAAGAUCCUGUUAGAAAAAUUUACAAGGGAUAUCGAGCACAUGUAUCAUGUUGCCCUAACCCAAGAUUUGCCAGUCGUCCUGGAGCGCACAUAUAUAUCUUUAACUCAGCAAAAGCAAGUCAAGUCAGGGGAAAUGAUCCUUGUGUUCAGCAUCUUUGCCUCGGCUAUGCAUUCGUGGACUGACGAAGACUGCCGUGCACGUGGGCUGUUCACAACCUCUGCGGAGCCACAUAGGCGAUCGGCUUUAUGGGUGAAAGCCACCGAAGACUUGCUCGACAUUGCCCAUCGAACGACUCUGAUUUCACUCGAAGGUAUUCAAGGUAUCAUAAUUGUAACAUUCGUCGCAGCAAGUUACAAAGGCUUUUCGAGGCGGUGCUGGUUUCUAAUGAACAACGCUCUGGCUCUUGCUCGUGAAAUCGGGCUCCACUGCAUAGACCAUCCUUCAAAUGCGGAUCGUGCCAACACAGCUGAAGCAGAAGUUGGGCGCAGGGUUUGGUGGUAUCUGGUUUCGACCGAUUGGGCAAUGGCUACUAAAUAUAACGGAUUAGCCCGCGGCACCUAUCAAUGCCACCCGAGACAUAUGAACACAAACAAGCCGUUGAACCUCAAUGAUGAGGACGUUGUCGACGGCAUGACCCGAAUGAGUAGACCAUUAUCGGAGCCCACAUCGAUGACAUAUUUUGUAUUCCGCAAUCGAUUGAACGAGAUAUCGCGGACCAUAGUGGAUCGCGCGCCUCUUAUGACGGCUCUCGCAGGCGGUCCAAGCUACGACGUCGUCAUGGACAUCGACACUGAACUGCAACAGCUAAUCAACGACCUUCCCCCGUUCUUCUUCUCGAUGACGCCUUUUGAGAUUGCUGGGAGAUACAGGCUCAGUGACGACCGGGCCAAAGUCAUUGCACGUCAAGGCAACGAUUUCCGAACCAUCUUCUAUGCCACGCGCUGCAAGCUCCACCUACCGUACGCCCGCCGUGGAUUUACGGAGUCACAGUACGCGACUUCUCGAAUUCUGUGCAUUGAGUCCGCAAGGCUGAUCGUCGAAACGGAAUCCGAGUAUCAACGCCUUGGGCUUGACAAAGAAUUCGCGCGCUAUAAGCCUCUUUUGUACAGCAUGACCGUCUUCCUUGCUUGUACUGUCCUCUUGAUGGAGUACUGCCACCGCAAACAAACACAGGCACCGGAUCAAGAGAAGUCCAAGAUGGAGAUCUGCCAUGCUCUAACUAUGCUGGAAGCCGCACGCUCCGAGAACGAAAUGGCGUCCAAGUUCUUGGAUUCGCUAGUGAUGGUGCUGCACAACCAUGGCAUUGCACCUCCAAAGAGACUGCAGCAGCAAGAGAAAUCAGUGGCUCUUCCUGGGGAAGGACUUGUGUCGACCCCUCCAUUUACGAGUCAAGCGACAAGCUCGUUGCCGAUGACGCCAAUGAGUGGCCCGCAGUUAGCUGCGUCUGCCGUGGGAGGAGAGGUGACCUGCACUGGAGGCUUUGCGGGGCUGGAUGCGGGAUCUGAUCUUAAUUCCCUUGUUAAAUCACUUGACCAAGGCGUAGAUGUUGGCAUGAUUGAGUGGGAUGAUAUUUUCCUUGGGCUUGGAGAAUCUUCUUUCCUGUAGAGUAUCCUUGGACCCUCAUCGAUAAUCAGCGCGCAGGUAGAGUGUAAUGUACUAAGUGCUCGGUACGUG